AUGGGCGAUUUCGACUCAGAGAGCGACGACAGUGAGAAUGAAGGAGGCAUGGGCAAUGUGUCCAGGGUGAUCAUGAGGCCUCCAGGCCACAGCGGCAAGGCCAAGAGAGGCCAUCUCUGCUUUGACGCUUCUUUUGAGUCCGGAAACUUGGGUCGUGUGGAUUUGGUCUCGGAGUUUGAGUACGACCUCUUCAUCCGCCCUGACACGUGCAACCCCAGGGUCCGUCUCUGGUUCUACUUCACGGUGGACAACAUUCGUCUUGACCAGCACGUGGUCUUCAACGUAGUCAACUUCAGCAAGAAGAGGAUUUGCUUCAGAGACGGCAUGACACCUCUGGUCAAAUCCACCAGCCGUCCAAAAUGGACCAGAAUGCCCAACAAGCAUGUGUACUACCACCGCUCUCCCUACCACUGGAACCAUACCAUUCUCACAUUGACUUUCGGGUUUGAUCGUGAGGAUGACGUCUACCACUUUGCCUUCAGCUACCCAUACUCCUACUCGAAAUGUCAAGCUCACCUAGAGAUUCUCGAGCGCAAGAAGAUACCUCACCUCAGACGAGAACUUCUAUCCAACUCUGUGCAAAAUAGAAGACUAGACCUUCUUACGAUAACCCAUCCAAAAAACAUGACAAAAAAUGUGACUUCUGGUCGCAAAGUAAGAGUGGUUGUGAUUCUUAGCAGAAUACACCCCGGGGAGACUCCUACCUCCUACGUUUGCCAGGGCAUAAUCGACUUCCUAAUCAGUAACCACCCCAUGGCUCUAGCGCUGAGGGACCACGUCGUCUUCAAAAUAUUUCCUAUGAUGAAUCCAGAUGGUGUGUUUCUGGGAAACUAUAGGUCCACUCUCAUGGGGGCAGACCUUAACCGUGUCUGGGGGCAGAUCUCCCGGUGGAUCCACCCCACGCUACACGCCGCCUUCACCUUUAUAACAAACCUAGACCAGGAUAAGAAUUUGGAACUGGACUUUGUCAUGGAUAUUCAUUCUCACUCUAGUCUACAAGGCGUGUUCGUCUAUGGAAACACGUAUGAUGACGUCUACAGAUACGAGAGGCAUAUUGUCUUUCCCAAACUACUUGCACAGAACACAGAGGGGUUUGAGCAAAGCAACACAAUGUUCAACAGGGACUUGAACAAGGCCAACUCGUCUAGAAGGGUUUUCUGUGAGGUACUGAAGGAUUCUGUCAACUGCUACUCUAUCAUCGUGUCCUGUUAUGGCUACAGACAUCCCAGUGUCCCAGGCAUCCACUACUACACAGAAGAGUCUUAUUGCCGCCUAGGUCGGAACAUUGUAAGGACCUGCCUAGACUACUACAGGAUCAUCGGGGUUGUGAGCGCAGUCGAGGGUGACAAGAAGCCAAGCACGGCAAAGUCACGACAGUCUCGGAAAUCAGCUUACUCUGGAGCCCUAAGCAACCGCAGCUAUCCUCUUCAUCCCCACAGACACCCUACCAGGGCCACCAGUAGCUCCAGUGAUGCCUCUACCAAGCUUAACAUCAGCUUAGACGUAACUCAGCCAUUGUCUGCUGAUUCACGAAAGUUUCACCACAAGCGAGGCCGAGGUCGGCGUGGUAAGAGGACCACCGAGUCUCUUGUUCAGAGUCGCCAAUGGACGGUCGAGCCUCGACCUGAUCCUCGACCACAAGCCCCUCCUAGUCUCUCCAUCAUUGACUUCAAUGUACUUACAAGAGGCCCAGGCGGUCUAGAGCACUCCUUGGGGCGACACAAGCGCAGACGACGCCCCAAGAAACCUUCCCCUCGCGACACAAGCGACUCCCCUGCUUCCCCCUCCUGAACUUCCAGUCCCAAUUGGUUUACGAAUAA